UCGAUAAGUCGUCAGACUCACGUUUUAUUCCUUUCAACAUCACAUGCAAAUUAUGAUACAUACGCAUUUUUUAGAAUGAAAAAAGUAAAAUGCCAAAUGAGGAGUCAAUUAAUCAGGCAGAAGUUAUAUGGAACUAUUUGAAACUCAACCAUACGCUCGAAAAGAGCGAUUUAAUUAUCGUAUUCGGGAAUCCAGAUACAAGGACAAUAGAAUAUGCUUCAAAAUUGUGGUUAGAUGGGUUCGCUGAAUGGUUGAUGAUUACUGGGAAGGAAGGAACGCUUACAAAAGGAAAAUGGCAAAAGCCCGAGGCGCAAAUAUUCAAAGAUAUUGCCGUUAGUCAGGGUGUACCAGAAGGAAAGAUACUUUUGGAAGAAGAAGCAACGAACACAGGAGAAAAUGUAAAAUGUUCACAUGAAAUACUUAAGAAACUAGGUCUAUUAGAUUCGGUUAAAACAAUAAUUUUGGUUCAGAUGCCAUUUAUGGAGAGAAGAACAUAUGCAACAUUUGCUAAGCAGUGGCCAGGCGGUUUGAAUCAGCUGGACAGAGUGAUUGUUACGUCGCCAGACAUAGAUUUAAUGUCAUACCCCAACGACGAUAUUGGUGAUUUGGAUAAAAUAAUAGAAAUGAUGGUUGGUUGUCUCCAACGUGUCAAAAAUUACCCUAAACUUGGAUUUCAGAUUGAACAAGACAUUCCAGAUAGUGUUUGGCACAUGGGAGAGAGCUUGUUGUCCAGUGGGCAUUACUAAUUUCAAUAAACCCUACUUUAUAUAUUAAAAUAUACACUGAAACUC